UCUCAACCCUUGAAGGUGCGAUUGAAGCUUCCUUGGUUCACACUUGCGAAAUCGACAUUUAGGUACAGUUGUUCCCAUGGCUGGCCGUAGAAGAUCGUCUAGCACUGGAAAUGAGAGACGACAGAAGCUACGACAAGACCGUCCGUCUUCGUCAAGGCCACAAGAGGAAGACCCCGCUGCUGUCGACCUCCCAUUCGGAUACUUGUUCGAGAAUGACCCGGUGGUUCAUGAAUCUUUUGUUCGUGACUUUGUUAACCGACCGAUUUGUGGGGCCAAAUCACUUGAUACAGCCCUUUUUGAACAAGAAGGUUUUAACAUUGUGAGGUGGUUGGAGGAAUCACAUCUUAGGACCUUGGCUGAACUGUCGUGCUCAUAUUCUGAGCUGCAUGUACGGGCCUUCUACCAUAACCUCAGCUACCAUCAGGGUGAGCUGAGGUCUAGGGUCUGCGGGGUGGACAUAUACAGGGACGUGCAGAAGGGAAAUGAAAGAUUUAGACAUAUACAGGGACGGUUCAAGGGUGUUGAAGAUAGGCUUGCUCGUCUAGAGCUUGGACGAGGACAGCAGAUUGAGGAUGUUGCAGGGCAGGGGGCUGAUGUGUCAGAUGAGGAUGACGAGGAGACGGCGUCCGAGGAGGAUUAGAUUUAGGGUUUAUGUUUCUAUUUUACGUUUGUAGUGUAUGUUGUUAUGUAAUUGACUUCGGUCUUCCUAUUUGACAU